AUGGAGGGUAUGUGUAAGCACCAGCACUGUCUCCAGCGCCUCCCCAAUCCCUCUGAAAGUGGCAGCCGUGAGAAUGUCACCUUGCACUUCCAGCAGAGAUGUCGCGUUCUCUUCUUAGGAGGCCCUGCUGUGGCUUCUGCUCAGCCGCCACCAUUAGCACCAUCAAUCUGGACCGUGGGGCUCUGCGCUGACCCGGACUGCCUGGAGGUGUGCAAGGCAGCUCUCCCCUCCCACCCUACCAAAGAGCACAUCAUCUCUGCUCCCUGCGGACCUCAGCUCUGCCUGGGGCUGAGCAGAAACUUGCAUUAUUUGACUUCCACGUUCCCACCAGCCCUGAAAUCUUACGAUUCUUACAUGAAUCACCAAGCUGCAGAUGACCGCAGUUGUCUGCAGGAACCGGCCGGAGGGAACCUCUCGGCCUCCUUCAGCGAGGGCUGGGGCCGUGCCCCGCUGAGUGGUGAAUUCCUGAAGCCUUCUGCCAGCAGGAGCCGGCCGCCAGCCUCCGUCCCUGCGUCUGUUCUGUGGGGGGAUUCAGCUCACAGGGUGGUUGUUGCAGGCUGUUGA